AUGUACGAAGGGAUUGACAACCUGAAAUCCCUUUACGACCGUGCCGGGAAGACUUUCUCCGGCGGUCCUUCUGCGGCACAGGAUGUGCCGCGUCGUACUGCUCGACCAGACCCAGUACGUCAACCAUCAGUUGGGAGCGGGGCUCCCAAGAAUCCCAGGACGGGGGAUAGCCGCGCCACCGGACGAGGUAACUCGUCCGACGUCCGUUCACGUCGCGGUGGUUCAACAGCUGCUCAACUAGAUAGCGCUGGCCACCGCGAGAGUCCUCUAAUGGAGGUGGAGGAGGAGGAAAGACGCUCUCCACACGAUCAUGUGGAUCGGCGUCUCCAAAUUGUCACCACUGUCUUGAAGCAUCGAGCUGAGUUUGCCUUUGCUCAGCUUGAGAACGAGAGAGCUCUGACAUCUCUUCGUGACGAGCUAAGGGUAGCUCGUGGGAUUGUUGAUCGGUCUCGGGCUGAGAUAACUGCUCUUCAGACCCUUGUUGAUGCCCACCAUCGGGAGCACAAGGCUCUCUGCGAGAUGCUUGAGCGCAAGGGCGUUCUUCAUCGGAAGAAGCAGCGUACUGAUGGUACGGCUUAA